AUGGCUGCACGACAGUCAAAAGCUGCUGCCGCACAGUUGAGGGAAACCCACAAGGCCAGAAUGCAAGCCCAACUUCAAAAUGUCUCUGUUGCAGAUACAGCUGAUAAUAUGGAGUUAGAUGAGCCCAGUACAGGACAACCUUGUGCGGCCAAAACUGUGGUGCUAACAAGACCCGAUCGCCCUAUAAAACACAAACAAGUUAGAAAAGAGCCAGCCAACAUAGUACAAGAACCAACCAGCACAGUACAAGCACCAGCAUCAUUGCCAAAGGGCAAACACAAACACGCUAAUAGUGUGGUAGAAGUCCGGAAAGCAUCAAAUGCGAGCAAAGUUCAACCAUCAGAGGCACUGCAUCAGUGUGAAGUCAAGAAGGUCAAGUUAAUGCCUAAGCUUAUCUCUGGUAACAAGUGCAGCAAUCCCAAGGUCAAGGAUGGUACUACUGAAUCAGAUCUUAGAGACUUAGAUGAAGAUGGUGAAGACCGUGAUGAACAAGAUAGCCUAGAUGAUGAUGAUGUUGAUGAUGAUGAGGAUGAAGAAUUUGCAGAUCUUGCUGUUGAAAAUUUCGGUGAAGAAGGAGUGCAAUGGACCCAGAAGAAUACAACAAAUCAAGUCAAUGUGGCACUUGACAAUGAGUUAGAGGACGAACAAGACUCAAUGAGGCUCAAGAAAGCAAAGCAGCACAAGUCAAAGAGUACUACACGAGAGAAGAAACUCCAGGAUGAGAUGCCACACUUCGCUGAUGACACAGAGUAG